UGUUGUUUCAUUGUAGCGUGCCUGAUGUGUUUAAUAUGUAUUGCAUGAUUCUAUAUACGUAACAUUAGUACGAAAGGUUGGAUCCUAGGAUUCUGUAAAGUAAAUUGUUAGUUCAUCCUGUCAUUUUCAGCAUCUAGGAGGUAACAUCUAUCGGGUGUCUAGAUGACUUUAUAUACCAUCACCUGCUAACAACAUGGGUGACGGCUCCGACCAAGAUAUACUGAAUAGAUUGUUCCAGAAGGCAUUUGCGCAGUAUUGGAUGAUACAAUGGUGUCAUGAAGGCUAUGAAAACUUGCGUCCAUUUUCCGCGGAGCUUGAUGCUGCCUUGAUGCUCUGGAAUGAUUCUUUAAGUACCAUAGAUGGAGAUGAGGCAGGUAGUUCUUCGAUCACUACGAAUAUGCCUGUCACAACUAACUCCAGCAUAGAGAAUGAACGUCUUGCUAAAAUACGUGCUCUGGAUCAAUUGGAUAAAGCAUUCCGGAUCAUAGCGAUAGGUUCCGAUGCUCUAAGCCUACUCUCUAGUAAUGAUGAACUGGAGGAUAUACACACAGAGUCGUUGAAGUAUCUAAUGCUGCCAUAUCUUAGUGCGUCUGUGACAGUACAAAAGCCGGAUAUGGCACAUAGACCUAAUAUACUUAGGCGGGCCGUAGUGUACAUAACCGAGUUCAUGAACACAUUAUCUAGACUUGGGAUACUUGAGGAAUCUCAAGCUAAAUACUGGGAUCGUGGCCUGGGUGAAGUACCAACUGGGCGUAGGAAUUUUAAAAUAGAAGCAACAAGGCAUCAAACUGAGUUGCUUAAUAUACUUAGGCCAUUGCUGAAUUCGGCGGAGGCCGUUGAACGCUUCAUUGCUGAAGCGAAUUCAAACUCAAAAGACGAAGAAACAGCAAGAUCGCAUAUGAUGUCUAUUCUGCAUCUAUUUUCCUCAGAUGCCAUCUCACUAUACGAUAUGAUACAAACUGAAAUACCAAUGCUAGAGAGAUUCAUGAACGAGAGAGCUACAGGAAAACAAGAGGAAUCUAGACCUGUACCCAGGUCAAAACCAUGGACUAUACACGUGGAUGGAGUGUCGAAAUUAGACCCAACCACAAUCCACUUCUUGUACAAGAAACUAGUAUUCAUGCCAGGUCAUAAUUUACCUGAAAUAUCACUGGAUGAAUGCGCAAGGCUAGAAAUGGAAAUGGAUGUCAAGUUAAUAGGAAGCAAGGCAAAUGAUAAGGGUAAUAAACCACAGAGUGAAUGUAGUGACGAUAGCGAACGUAGCGAAUCUGAAUACACAGACGACUCACGCGAUGAUGAAGAAGUGGCCAAGGAAAAGGCCAAAUGGGAUGAUUGGAAAGACGAUCACCCAAGAGGUAGCGGUAAUAAAAACCGGAACGUAGGGUGAAACAUGUAAUUACUUAUACAUGGAUCAUAG